CGGCCCCGGCGUCACACUAUGCUUUGCGAGCGGGUAGCGCGUCGCACCGCUCCGCGGGGCGGGAGGCUGGGCAGAGCUCGGGGCGUGGACGCUUGGAGACCUGGGGCGUGUCGCGCCAAAGCGCGGGUGGGCCAGAACUGGCGCAACGACGCGCUGACAGGUGGCGACAUCCGAACCCUGACAUGCCCGACCCAACCGCGUGCCCCUGCCGUCUUGCCUCCCUCGGGCCCCCGAACGGUCGCGGCACAAGAGCGCCUCGGCGCCUCGGCGGCCCGGGCAAAACCAACAAAACGGACCUCUCGAGGGGUCGCCGGGGCCGGCCCCAGGCUGGCCGCCGCGCCCGGGGGGGCUGGAGCCCCUCGCCUGCGAAGAAGAGGGGUCGAGGGGGGGCGGGGCGGGGGAGGAGGGGGGCGUGAGGAGGACGAUGGGGAGAACGCUGAAGCGGCCGAGAUGCCGCGUGCGCUCGCCGCGCACGCGGAGCGGCCAAGAAGAGCCUUCGCUCAGGCGGUCGCGUAAUUAAAGUUUCCCC